AUGGUGAAGGAGGUUUGUGCCAAGUUCAAAAUCAAGCAUCACAAUUCAGCACUUUAUCGCCUAAAGAUGAACGGAGCUAUAGAAGCAACUAACAAGAACAUCAAAAGGAUAAUUGAAAAGAUGACAGAUGUAUACAAAGAUUGGCAUGAAAAGUUACCUAUUGCUUUGCAUGCUUAUCGCACAACAGUUCGAACUUUCACGGGAGCUACUCUGUUCUUUUUGGUGUAUGGGAUGCAAGCAGUUUUGCCAAUUGAAGUAGAAAUCCCUUCUCUAAGAGUCCUUAAAGAAGUACAAGUAGAAGAAGCUGAAUGGGUUGACACUCGUUAUGAGCAAUUGAAUCUCAUGGAAGAGAAAAGGUUGACAGCACUUUGCCAUGGACAAUUAUAUCAGAAGAGGAUGAUGAGAGCAUAUGGCAAGAAGGAGCAGAGUAAAAUUUCGGUGGAGACUGAUUCAAAGGCGGCCAUUCAGAAGAUUGCUAACUCAAGAUUAUGUCUGUUUUCCUGGAAACAGGAAGAUUCAACUCUGGUUGUGGUGGGAUGA